AUCGAGUAAACCAGUAGAACCCAGUUUCCCGUCUUCAUCACCGUCGUCCUGCCUGCUCAAAGAAAGGAACUUGUGGAGAAAGUAGAAACGGCGUCCUUGAAAAUCGAUCGAGGUCAUAUGGUGAAUGAAGACGGAGAGAAAGGUUUUCGAGAAAACCUUGGAAGAGUAGACGCGUUCACCAUAUGAAGCGGGUAGCGUUCUUGCGACGGCGACCACUGACCGACGAAGAGAAACUGCAAUCCCUAAUCGGCCAGUCUCCGUUAGCUUUUAGCCCAUAAAUCCAUCGCCCGAUCUGAUCGAUUUCGUCGUCGCUCUCGUUCCCAAUCGCUUGUUCCUGCGUCCUUCGAUCUUCCCCACUUCCAUGCCCCCGCCCUUCCCUUCCUCUGCCCUUCUCAAGGCCGCCGUCUCCUUUCCCCAUCGCCACUACCACCAACACCCUCCAUCUUCCCUUCUCCAUGGACGGAAGCACCAGCCGCAGCACAAAUUGUCUCCGGCGCACACUCGCUUUGGUGGUGACACUGGGAGCGUCGCCUUAAAUCUGCCCGUCGCCCAAAGGCGUCACUUUGUUGCCCUAACGAGUGGGUCGGCUUUCCGUGACUCGGCGCGAAGCAUCGUGGUUGGAUCGUGGUGGAUGAGGCCCGAAUCUGAGCGGCCGACUAUAGGCCGAAGCUCCCUGGGAACCAGGAACUUGGCGGCAGCUGGGUCGGAUCGUGCAGGCGGCAGCGGCGAUAAAGACAGACUGCAGAUCUUGGGUUCCCCGGACCAUGGAGUGUUGGAUAGCAAUGGAAACCAGCCUGUAUGGGAGAAGAAAGAGAAAAGGGAUUCCGGUCCUCCUACAUCUUUGCUCACGCUACCAACGCUUCUGACCCUUGGGCGAGUAGCCGCUGUUCCCCUUAUCGUGUGCACUUAUUACAUGAAUGGCUGGUGGGCAACAACUGCUACGACAAGCAUUUUUGUUGCUGCAGCAUUUACAGACUGGCUUGAUGGUUACAUAGCUCGGAAGAAGCAUCUAGGAACUGCUUUUGGGGCGUUUUUGGAUCCAGUAGCUGACAAGCUUAUGGUAGCUGCCACAUUGGUACUGUUAUGUACUAGUCCAUUGGAAUCUUCUACAUUUGGAGAAGCACCAUGGCUUCUAACAAUACCUUCAAUUGCAAUUAUUGGUCGAGAGAUCACAAUGUCAGCAGUUAGAGAAUGGGCUGCAUCUCAAGAUAGCAAAAUUCUUCAGGCUGUGGCAGUAAACAAGUUAGGGAAGUGGAAAACAGCAACACAGAUGGCUGCAUUAACCAUACUCCUAGCAACUAGAGAUUCCAACCUUGCCGGGAUUAGUUCGCUGUUCACUUCUGGUGUAAUUUUACUAUACACUUCGGCCGGCCUUGCUGUGUGGUCUUUAGUAGCUUACGUGAAAAAUAUAUGGAGAUUCAUGCUCUUGUAGCUUCAAUCAGUGCCUAAAAGCAAGCAGGUUAUGUCUAUUUCCAUCCUUGAUGAUCAUAAUACCAGAGUAACGUUCAAAAAUCCUUUCAGUAGAUGAAUUGUUACAUUCUGUUACGCAUAUAGAGCCGGUGGAGCAAUGCCUGUAAUAUAUUUCUUUGGGUGUGCGAAGUUGAGCAAUUUGACU